AUGUGUCGUUUUGUAAUCUACAAGGGCACGUCUCCCGUCCAGCUCUCACAUCUUCUAACACGCCCAUGCCAUUCAAUAAUAAACCAGGCAUUUGAUUCUCGCUUACGACUGGAUCGCCGAAGGCCAAUGAAUGGAGAUGGUUUUGGUGUUGGUUGGUACGAUUCUGUAUAUGACGAGGAACUUGGUGUCCAGCCUUGCAUAUUCACGUCUGUUACACCGGCAUGGAACAAUGUCAAUCUCACUCGACUCGCUGAAAAGAUCAAAUCGCCGUUGGUGUUUGGCCAUGUACGGGCUACGACAGCGGGAUCAUUGUCUCUAGACAACUGCCAUCCGUUUGUACACGGAAAGCUCAUGUUCAUGCACAAUGGUGGAAUCGCCGAUUUUCAUCUGAUCAAGCGGAAAUUGCAGAGUCAACUGCCUGACGUUGCCUUUGAUAUGGUGCAGGGCAAUACAGGCGAUAACUCGGGCUCUAGACUGUUUUCUUUUCGGUUUCUCAUAUACCGCCAGCUUCCAGACCCGGACGCCACCUCUUUCAGCUCCCAAACGUUGCGAAAGGCGAUGCUUGACACAAUCGCUUCCCUGAAUGACUUUGCGGAAGAGGCUGGGAUCACCGAGGUCUGCUUGUUACCGUAUCUCAUGAAUUUUUGUGUAACGGAUGGUGACACCGUCAUUGCUACUCGGUAUAUUUCAUCACGGAAAGAUGAAGCAGCUUCCCUUUGGUUCUCAUCCGGCACAACAUUCAGUGAAUACGCAGAUGGCGGCCACUAUAAAAUGUCAAAAGCUGACAAGAGAGAGAACAUUAUCAUGAUCGCGAGCGAGCCACUUACAUUUGAGAGAGCUGACUGGAUGGAAAUAAAAACCAAUACCAUGGUCGUCAUUACGCCCAAAAUGAAUCUUCUACAGAUACCAAUAAUCGACCAAUUUUACGUUGCACCUUCAGACCCUAACUCCGCUAGAACCAUCGAGUUUGCUCGAGAGAAGGGGUUGCUUACGCCGCGCAAGGAGCUGUCUUCGCGGUAG